UUAAAAAAAUGUAAUAUUAGGAACAUAUUAAAAAAUGAAAAUUUUAACACACUCUCUGCUACUUAUAAUGAUAGUAGGAUCUUAAAGUAAACAGACAGUUAUGAAACGUGAUAAAAGGUAGCAUCUGUAACCAUAAGAUAAUAUAGAUAAAACUAGUUCUUAGAGAUGAACUGUGGAAGAAAGACGUAACAUGGAAGAAAAUAAAGAAGAAAACGAUGAAAAUAACGGUGCUUACACAUAUGAUAAAGCUGUGGAACUAACAGGUCACGGUUGUUACAACUACUUGCUGCUGAUCGCCUGCAGCAUCACAGCUUAUGCCUUCGCUUUGGAUGUCUUCGGCUUUGCGACCGUCGUGGCCGCCUCCAGCUGCGACCUGCAGCUGGGACUUCGGGAGAUCGGGAUAUUAGUCUCAGCACCGUUUGCAGGAGUCCUGUUCGCCUUUCCCUGGGGUUUCUACGCGGACACUUGUGGCAGGCGCCGCGCCCUGGUGGUGUCCACGGCCGUGGGGUUCGUCUUCGCAGCAGUCAGCACUCUCGCCAACAGCUGGCAGCUCAUGCUCGUCCUCAAGCUUAUUGGAUGCAGUUUUUCAACAGCAAGUUUCACCCUGAGCAUGACAAUUCUAGGAGAAUGUACAGGAACAGCUCACCGGAGCCAGUUCCUGCUCAUCAUGAACGCCUUCAACAUAGCUUCCGAGUUCGUUGCCUUUAGUUUAGCCUAUUUAAUCCUACCUCUGAGCUUCAAAUUCUCCCUCCCCUGGAUGGGGAUCACCUUCAGACCCUGGAGGCUGUACACCCUGGUGAUGGCGUUACCCCUGGGUGUUGCUGCUCUCUUCUUUUUGUACCUGAGUGAGAGUCCCAAGUAUUUAGCCAGUUGCGGAGAAUAUAGUAAGGCUUUGAAAGUGCUCAAGCGCAUGUAUAAGAUUAAUGGUGGGAAGAACGAUGGCUUCCCGGUGAAGCACAUACUGCCAACAGAUGUCUCUACGAAGCCGGACAGUUCAUUUUGGAAGACCAUCGCACAUCACACUGUACCGAUGUUCAAGCCACCUUUGCUCUGGAGGACGAUACAACUCUUUUUCUUAUUAGCGCUGUGUUGUAGUGUAAAUAAUGUCAUCGUGAUGUGGUUCCCUACUAUGGUGAACAUCUUCUUCAACUCUUUCAAUGGAGAACAGACGGCGGAUCUCACCUUUUGCGAGAGAAUGUUUCAAAGCGGCAAUACCACUGAAGUUGCGAGUACUUCAGAAACUUACAGAUGCAACGAAAGUAUAUCAACGAACACCCUCUACUCCGGGAUGCUGUGCGGGAUCUUUUUCUUCAUCCUCAACUUGAGUGUCGCUAGGAUCGCCUCCCGGCCCCGUCUGGUCCUCGCCGCCAUCCUGGCUGUGGCUGGGGUCAGUGUGAUCCUGGUGAACUUGAGAGAGCCUAUCGCAAACAUGGUGUUCUUUUGCCUGGUGCAAGUAACGGCUCUAGGGAUUGGUUGCGUAGCGUCCUAUUUUGUGGAUCUUUAUCCGACUCAUAACAGGGGCUUGGUGACCAGUUUAGGUAUGAUGGUGGCCAGGCUGGUCUCCUUCACUGGGGUCAACGUUUUGGGUAACGUCAUCACAAACUAUUGCGAGACUACCUUCUAUUGUCUGUCUUCAAUUGCCUUUUUUGGUGUCAUCGUUUCACUUUUCCUGCCGUCGGACAGAAAAAAUAUAAAAUGUGAUAGCUAGGUCUUACUUUGCACUGGAGAUAUUUUUUUUUUAAUAAAUAAAUGACGUGUUUUUACUUA